UAACGGUUGAAAAAAAAGAGUCCCGAGUGUCAGCGGCUCUGCGGCGGGUGUUUGAAGCUCGAGGCCGCUUGUAGUUUGGUUGUUUGUGUCCGUGUUAUUGACGUUAGCAUCCAGUCAGCGUCUCUCGGGUAAUGAAGCGCACCGUUGCCCCUGUAGGUUGUGUUCGUGCCGUUAUUAUCUUUAGUAAAGACCCUUUCAGCCCGUGAGUUCAGGUGACUGCAACAGGAAUGACCACUUCACAGAAAUGCCAGAACCCCAAACUUGCAGUAGGGCACUCUGACACGGAAUGGCUGACACCUGCUGUGUCUGAGAAGUUCCAGAGCCGUUUUGGCUGGCGGCUCAGCACAGCGGACAGUGGGGACACGGGACUGGGUACCUCUGACCACACUGAAGAUAUCUGCAGCACUAGCAGCAGUCCCUCUUUCCAGCCCAUCCGCAGUCAGAUCCCUAUCCCCACUGCCCAUGUCAUGCCCUCCACGGCCGGAACUCUGACCUCCAAGCUCAAGCCACGUGCUUCUGAAGAGGCCCGGGCUUCCUCCAGCUCUUCUAGCUCCAAGUCAUCCCUCCCCAAAUCUGCAUCCUCCCCCAACCUGGACGCUCAGCACGAUGGAAAUUUAGACGCAACUGCGGUCAAGCCUGAUUGCCUGAGCCGAUACCGCAGCCUAGUUAAUGGCCUCGAUCACUCGCUCUUCCCCUCUGGAGAUCAGACGCGGCUGGAUGAAGCCCAGAAGUUUGAUGUACCUGCCAUGGAGCCAACGCUUAAUCAGUCGGCUCUGCUUGGGGGACUUUGCCAUGAUGUACGGCAGCAGCUGCAGAUGACCGGGUUUGCGGACAAUACAGGCUUGCUAGAACAGACCUAUAAAGUCCUACCAGAGUCUAGGGCAGGUCUCACCUGUCCCGUAGACCCAUAUGGCCAAAGGAACAUUCAUCCAGGGUCUGGUGCUUCUGCCAGGAUGUUUUCAGUACCUCAGGGCCUGCAGACUCAGGCUCUCCUGAGGGACCAGGCCAGCACAGGAGUUUAUGAUCCACUACUGCAGGAACGCUGUGGUGAGCUGGCCAGCUGGCAGCAGCAGAAGCAGAAACUCGAGAGUCUGCGGCUACAGGUGGAACAAAUGCAGUUAAUGACAGGAGGAAGUGGACAGUAUUCAUCUCUCUAUCCAGCAACCUCUCACACGGAGAAUAGCAAGUGGGAUGCUGUCAUUAAAGCCAAUGAGAACUUGCUAAAAGAGAAAGAACUUACCAUUGAAAGACAGAAGCAGCAAAUGUCGCUGCUGGAACAGUGUCUCAGAGAGAGUGAGCUGCAGGUGCACAGUGCCCUCAUGGGACGUGGAGCCCCUUACACCGAUGUGUGUUUAAGACUGCAGGAAGCCCAACGGGAAAACGCUUUUUUGCGAGCCCAGUUUGCAGAGCGCAGUGACUGCUUUACCAAGGAGAAGCUAGAAGCGGACCGCAGACUGGGUGCAGUGGAAGCAGAGACACAACGUCUGAAUGAGGUGUUGAAAGAGAGCAGUGAAAAACAUGCAGAAGAGCUAAAGAAACAAGAGGAGAGGAUCCGAAGUCGAGACAAGCAUAUCAACAGCUUGAAAAAGAAGUGUCAGAAGGAGUCAGAGCAGAACAGAGAAAAACAGCAGCGGAUUGAGACACUCGAGCGAUAUCUUGCUGACCUUCCCACCAUGGAAGACUACCAGGCCCAGCACAAAAAGCUGGAGGAGGCAGAAGAGAGGGCAGCUCAGUUGCAGGCCACCAUCAGAGACCUGGAAGCCCAACUGGAGGAAGCCCGCAGUGCUGUGCGCAACAAAGAGACCCAACUGGAAGAACAGAGACGCAAGGAGAGAGAACUGCUUACAACAGUCACCAGUCUCCAGAACAGAGUGCAGGAGAGCCUUGAGGAUGGAGUGAAAUUGCCUUCUCUUGACAUAGAGAAGCUACGAGAAGAAAACACUACCUUGAAAGAUGAGCACCUGCGACUCAAGAAGGUCAUUGAAAAGCAACUCAGGAUAAUGGAGCAGCUUAGCUCACAGAUCAGGACUCUGGAGGAGCAGCUCUCUCAGGAGGAGUGCAGUAGUCGGGCGCUGCGAGAGGAGGUGGCAGAGAAAGAGGAGAGUCUGCUGCAGUUACGCACUGCUAUGAAAGAGCUCUCGUUGCAGAACCAGGAACUGAUGGAACAUAAUCUGACACUUCAAGAGCGUCUUCAGGGUGAGGAGGCACCAUGUGGCCGUGGUUUGCUCCCUGUGGGAGCCCGGCUCACCCAGAAGCUGUAUGGAGAGAUGGCCGCCUGUCUGUGUGACCUCCGCUCCCUCUGCAACGUCCUCACCCAGCGGGCUCAAGGCCAUGACCCAAACCUCUCCAUGCUGCUCGGCAUUGCCUCAGCUCCCCCUGCAGUAGGAGAGCAGUGGGAGGACUGGCUGAGCCCCGAGGGGCUGCAGAAGAAGCUGCAGGAAGCUCAGCAGCUCCGUCGAGACAUAGAGGAACUGAGAACCACAGUCUCUGACCGCUACGCUCAGGAUAUGGGAGAAAACUGCAUCACUCAGUGAGCUCGGACAGUACGGCUUGUGCUCAAUGAGGGUAACUCCACAUCACGAGUGCCUUUAAA